CAUAGUUACAGAACCAACACGCGCUUUAAUUGCUUUUAUUGGUCUCAUCAACGAAUUCCCACCGCAUUUAUCCCCACACACUCUCUCUUUACUCAUUUUGUUUCUUCUGUCUUCUUUUAUCUUUCCUUCUUCAAACUCUUCUCUCUCUCUCUCUCUCUCUAAAAUGGCGAAACUAGUUUUGUUAAUGGCGCUUAGCUUCCUUCCGGCAUUGGCUUUGGCAACCCGUUGGGUGAAGGAUCCCCUUGUAGUUGAAGGCAAAGUUUACUGUGACACAUGCCUAGCUGGUUACGAAACCACCGCCACUACUUACAUCGCCGGCGCCAAGGUGAGAAUAGAAUGCAAGGACAGGGUCUCAAACAGGGUCAUCUACAGCAAAGAGGCCUCAACAGACUCAUCUGGAACCUACAAGACGGUCAUUCCAGAGGACCAUGGUGAUGAGAUCUGUAAUGCUGUGCUAGUGAGCAGUCCUCAGUUCGACUGCGCCACUGCAGCUCCAGGCCGUGAUCGCGCCCUUGUGAUUCUCACCGAGAACAAUGGCAUUGCAACUAAGAACCGUUAUGUCAACGCAAUGGGAUUCACUAGAACUGAUGCACUUGCUGGGUGUGCUGAUGUUCUCAAGCAGUAUGAGGAGACUGAGUAUGGAUACUAGAGAUGUGGUUUUAGUGAAGUUACUAUAAUGAGUAAAUUGUUAUAACUUUGCUUGGCUUGGCAUAUAUAUAGCCUUUUAUAUUUAUCUUUACUUAAGGUUUUCAUAUCUUCUUCUUAUGAAUUUGUGUGUCUGAAAGUUAAAAAAGACCACCCUGUAAUCUUUUUUGUUAAUUGAAUCCACCCAGAAAUUAUUAUUAUUAUUAUUGUUGUUGUUGAUGAA